AUGGCCUCUGGCUGGAACGAUGGCCCACUGAUCAAUCCUUGUCCAGUGGAGGGUGAAAAUAAAAGGCCUUUUUGGGAAUUAAAAAGAGAUCCACAAGUGUCCAACAGAUGUCCCUUUGCAGAUCACUCUGUCAAAGAUGAGCUGGAAGAUGUCUCAGGAAUAUUACAAUCCUCAGCAAACGUUCUUGGUUUGGAGAUUGAAGAACUGCGAGAAAAAUUUGGUGAGGAAUUGUUCUGCAUUUGUUUUGAAGAAAAUGAAAGAGUCCUGCGAGCAGUUGGAAGUACACUGCAGGACUUUUUUGUUGGGUUUAAUGCUUUACUGGAACAUGCAAGAACAUCCAAUAGUAAACAUGAUGGGUUUGAGUCCCCUUCUUUCCUAUGCAAAGAUUCAACUGAUGGUACUUUGAUGCUUCAUUACUUUUAUCCACACAAAGUUGUUGGAUUUGCAAUGCCUGGAUUGAUCAAAGCUGCAGCACAGAAGAUCUAUCAGCUGGAAGUUGCAGUGGAGCAGGUGCUCAAUGUCCCUGAAAAGUUAUCCUCAGUUGGCACAGACCAGAAUAAUUGUCUUACCUUCAUUAUCAAAGUAUAUAAUGAUACAACUGAUAUGAAAAUACUUCCACAAGGUUUAACCCAUUCUCCAUCUGAUCUAAAGAUAAGCAUUGUUACUUUCUGCAGAACUUUCCCAUUCCACUUCAUGUUUGACCCAAGUAUGUUGAUCCUUCAACUUGGAGAAGGACUCAGGAAACAACUGAAAUAUGAAGCGCAUAAGAUUCUGAGAUUUCAGGAUUGCUUUGAGAUUGUUUCUCCAAAGAUUUGCUGCAGUUUUCAAAAGAUUCUGUCAAAGCUGGUCACACCGUUUGUCAUUCGAGCCAAGCCUGAUGGAAGUGGACUGGGAGAUCAUGACAAAGUGAUGGAGAUUAAGGGACAAAUGAUUCAUGUGCCUGAAUCAAACUCUAUUCUUUUCCUGGGCUCACCAUGUGUUGACAAGCUGGAGCAAUUAAUGGGACGAGGUUUACAUCUGUCAGACAUACCAAUCCAUGAUGCUACUCGUGAUGUUAUUUUAGUAGGUGAACAGGCUAAAGCCCAGGAUGGCCUGAAGAAACGCAUGGACAAAUUGAAAGCAACGCUUGAAAAGGCACACCAAGCCUUGGAGGAAGAAAAAAAGAAGACAGUGGACUUACUUUAUUCAAUCUUCCCAGGUGAUGUUGCCCAACAACUGUGGCAGAGAAAAUCAGUACAGGCGAGGAAGUUUGAUGAUGUUACCAUGCUUUUCUCUGACAUUGUUGGCUUUACUGCCAUCUGUGCACAAUGCACCCCAAUGCAAGUAAUUAGUAUGCUGAAUGAACUGUAUACCAGGUUUGACUACCAAUGCGGAAUCCUGGACAUAUAUAAGUUGCGAAUUGGGAUCCAUUCUGGUUCUGUACUGGCAGGAGUUGUUGGUGUGAAGAUGCCUCGUUACUGCUUAUUUGGAAACAACGUUACUCUGGCCAGCAAAUUUGAGUCGGGAAGUCAACCACGACGCAUUAAUGUCAGUCCCACAACAUACCAGCUAUUAAAAGGAGAUGAGAAUUUUAAGUUCACACCACGCUCCCGAAGUGACCUUCCAGACAACUUCCCAGAGGAAAUUAAUGGGACAUGUUAUUUUCUGGAGGCCAAUGUUUCCCUCGAUUCAUCAAGAAUGAUAAGCAUGUCUGCUUGCACAAGGAAAAAAUCAUACAAUAUUGGGACUAUGUUUCUUCGGGAGACCAGUUUAUGA